CCUCUCCCAUCUUACAGGUACCUUGUCUGAGCAUACUAUUGCAAAAGCCACUUCAAUUUAAACGCCGAUGGUCAUGUUUCUGAAGAUAACGACAAAACAGAUAACAUCAUAAUAUGACUAUAUGAUUCUUUCUCUGAAUAGAAAUCAGUACUGGUUUAGUUAUUCAUCAGAAAGGAUGAAGUGGCAUAGGUGCAAAAGUGCAGGCGAUUCCGUCUCUGUGCAAAUAGUGUUACAAAUUUUAAUUGUUUCAUUGUCGCUUAUCCAUUCCAACGCCCAAGAUCAAGAUAAAAAUUAUCGCUUACCAAAUCAGACAUAUCCGCUCAGAUAUAACAUUGAGCUAACAACACAUAUCCACGAUGAUACCAUCGGCAACGAUCGAUUCCAAUUCGAGGGUAAAGUGACGAUACAGCUAAUGACAAUUGGCGAUCCCGAUGCAAAAACGGAUGAAAUAACUCUCAACUAUCGCCAGAUUAAUAUAACACAUGUCAAACUAUGGUAUAUUAUGCAGAAUGGCUGGGAAAACACAAUUUUAGAUGACGAUAAAAGUUUUACCGUUGAUCCUGUCCGAGAAUUUGUUACAAUAUCUUCUUCACAACCAUUAAAUGGAACUUAUUUUUUGGAAUUAAAAUAUAAUGGUACAUUGCGAGAAGACAAUGGUGGAUUCUAUAGAUCUUCUUAUCGCGAUUACAACAGUGAUGUACAUUGGGUUGCAACGACACAGUUUUCUCCUACAGAUGCUAGACACGCAUUUCCUUGCUAUGAUGAACCCGGAAUAAGGGCUCCAAUAGCAUUGCGUGUUAUUCAUGGCAAGAAAUAUUCUGUUCUCUCGAACACAAUGCCAAUCGAUGUGCGAGAAAGCUUUUUGGAAGGAAUGGCAAUUACGACUUUCCCCGAUACGCCAAAGAUGCCGUCAUACUUGCUAGGAAUCAUAAUAAGUGACUUCACAGCAGUAACUCUGCCAAAUUUUCCUCGACAACAAGCAUAUGCUCGCCCGACAGCUUUACAUAUUCCUGUUGCUAACUUUAUAAUAGAAGCUGGUUUUAAAAUAUUGGAAGCACUUGAAGAUUUCCUACAGACCUCAUACAUACUGCCGAAACUUUCGCAUGUGGCCAUCCCCGAUUUUUCCCCCGGAGCCAUGGAAAACUAUGGACUAAUAACAUACAAAGAAGAAAAUUUUAUGUUUGAUCCACAAACUUCUCCAAUGAAACAGAAAAAGAAAAUAGCCACAACUGUUGCACACGAAAUAGGUCAUCAUUAUUUUGGUAACUACGUAUCUCCCGCAUGGUGGAGCUAUCUAUGGUUAAAAGAAGGAUUUGCUCGGUUUUUCGAGUAUACAGCGGCACAAAUAGUUUUUCCGGAAAUGGAAAUAGGAAAAAUGUACACUAUUGACAAAACACACAAUGUGCUGCAAACAGAUUCACUUAGUUCAUCCAGACCAAUGACAUACUAUGUCAAUACACAAACGGAAAUAAGUAACAUAUUCGAUGAUAUCGCUUAUGAUAAAGGAGGAGCAAUCCUGCUGAUGUUCUACCACACAUUCGGCCAAGAGCCAUUUCGUAAUGCGAUGAUAAAAUAUCUUCACGACAAUGCUUUACAGUCGGGUAGUCCAGAAAAAUUAGCUGAAGCUAUGCAACUAACAAUAUUCGAUCCGUUAACAUCUGGUAAGGUUCGGUUCAAUGCAUCAUCCCUUCUCCAGUCGUGGACAGAGCAGGCUGGAUAUCCUAUACUGUACAUCUCUCGAUUUAAUGACGAUUGUUCAUUGCGGAUUGAACAACAAAGAUAUCUGUUAAAAAGCAACGACACAACCAAUUCGACUGCUAAAUGGAUAAUACCUUAUAAUUUUGCCACAAAACAAAAUCCCAGUUUUGAAAACACUACCUAUACAGACUGGAUUACGGAACAGUAUCAUAUAGUCAAACCAACGAAUGAUAUGAAUUGGACAUGUGACGAUUGGAUCGUAUUCAACAAACAACAGACGGGUUAUUAUCGCAUAAAUUAUGAUAAUGAUCUAUGGCACCUAAUCACAACAGCUCUUCUACAAAAUAGUACAGUAAUCCAUGAAAACAAUCGAGCACAACUAAUAGACGAUGCUAUGAAUAACGCACGCUCUGGAAGAUUGUUGUACACUGUUCCGUUGCAGUUGCUGCGAUACCUGUCGGAAGAAAUUGAUUAUAUCCCUUGGGCAGCUACUGACCGCAAUCUUGGUUUACUAAAUGUGCUUAUGAGAGGUACUAACAAGUACGAUUUGUGGCAUAAGUAUUGUUUAGAAUUCGUCGAACCAACCUACGUUCGCUUGGGCAUGGCAUCUCCUGACCAGGAUACAUUAACGCAGCGAAUGACACGAGAAAUAGUGGUUAGCUGGGCUUGCAAAGUUGGUUCACAAAGUUGCCUCAACACUACAACUUUCAUUGUAAAAGAGAUAGCCGAAAAUCGAUUGAAAGACGCAGAUCCUGAUCUACGUGAAGUUAUCUUUUGCAAUGGAUUGCGGAAUGCAUCUACUACCGUGUUUGAUUCUAUUUGGGAACGCAUGCAGUCAUCUCAAGACCAGUCAUACCGAUCGGAACUCAUUCGCUCACUUGGUUGCGUGGAAAAUGAAACACUAAUUAACAAAUAUCUCUAUAGCACGAUUUCGUCUAACACCAGCAACUACUUUAAUCAAGAACGAGAACGUGUUUUUACGGCUGUUUACAGAAACGGAGAUUUGGGUAUGAAAAAUGCAAUGAACUUCUUACUAGCAAACAUGGAACAAGUUAACUUGCUUUAUAAUAAGGGCAACUUUGGUGGUCGAGCGAUCAGUUCUAUUGCACGUAAUAUGGCGCAGCAAAUCACUAGAGAAAGCAUGCAUACACAAUUGCAGGACUUAAUGGCAAUAUUACUAGAAAAGGGCUUUUUGCGGGCAUCUGAUAUGUUACAGGCCUUGGAAUACUCAAGUGAAAAUCUAAUGUGGAUUCAAGAACGAGGUGCUCAGAUUGCAACAUGGCUAGAUGAACAAUAUCCUUCAGAAACUGAAUCUUUAACAACUUUAACUACAAUACUGGAAGAUACCUCAACCGAUACCUCAACCCGGACAACGAAAAUGACAACAGCGAACACACCCACAACGAGAUAUACCACGAACGAUGAGUUUGAAUCGACAAAAACUUCGACAUCUGCUUCUAUGUCUACUUCUACUACUACAUCCAUGAACAAUUCGUUACAAACUAAUAUUUCAACUAAAGUCGAUAUAGUUAGUAAUUAUUCUACUCCAUCAAUGAACUUGAUAUCGUCUACUGAAAAUUAUGACAACAACCACUCAAAUCGUCUAGUACAUGAUAUAUUUUAUAACUGCUUAUUAAUCGCCUGCAAAGUCAUAUUCUUUGUAAGAACUACAUAUUCAAUAGAUUUUUAGUAAUCGCCCCCCAAUUCCAUUAGAGAUAACAUAUGCAGCGAAGCGCAGUCUAAACAUCGUUCUCACAGAUUCCCACCGGUAACGUUGUCAUAUGGCAACCUCUGCCUGACCAACGACCUCAUGCGACACCACCAGACUCCAUCCGACAUCAGACACGUUUGGCGAGGCGCAGUUCAGCAACGCCUUCAACCAACAUAACCAAUGCCAUAACCCAGCGUCACAAUAACAGCGCCAGCAAUCACUGUAUCCGACAAUGCCGAAUUAAAAAUGUUAGAAUUAAAAUUUCAGUCUGUUUCGUACUAUCCUAAAAUAAACAACUCAUAAUUAUGUAUGUUGAAAAUUACGAUAUCAUCAAA